AUGUAUCGCAAUCUGUACGACACGGACUGCAUCACUUGGAGCCCUCAGGGGCGAAUCUUCCAAGUCGAGUAUGCCAUGGAGGCGGUUAAACAAGGCACCUGCUGUGUCGGUCUCCGUUCCGAUACUCACGUGGUUCUUUGCUCGCUCAAGCGCUCGGUCUCAAAAUUCGCAGGCCACCACCAGAAACUCUUCAAAAUCGACGAUCACGUGGGCGUGGCCAUGUCGGGCAUUACUGCAGAUGCAAAGGUGAUAAGUAACUUUAUGCGCAACGAGUGCUUCCAUCACAAAUACGUGUACGACGCUCCGAUCCCCGUCGGGCGUCUCGUCCUCAUGGUUGCCGACAAGUCGCAAGCAAACACGCAAAGGAGCGGCAAACGCCCGUUCGGCGUCGGCCUCCUGGCCGCCGGCUUCGACGACGCAGGCCCGCACCUCUUCGAGACAUGUCCCUCUGGAAAUUAUUUCGAAUCCUACGCCAUGGCGUUCGGCGCGCGAUCCCAGUCCUCGAAAACCUACUUGGAGAGAAACUUCGAAUCGUUCCCUGGACUUUCCCCCGAAGAGCUGGAACUCCACGCGAUGAAGGCUCUGAACGCCUCCCUGGCUGCCGAUGCUGAGUUGACAGCAGACACCGUUUCGAUGGCGAUUGUUGGAAAGAACCAGCCGUGGAAGGAAUUGUCCCUUGAUGAAAUCCAAGCCCUCCUCGACAAGAUGAAUGUGGAGCCCAGUGGCGAAGACGUCCAGAUGUGA